AUGCAAAACUGGAACGUUGGCGUCUCUGCACAGUGGGAAGACAUCAUUGCUCUUCUUCUCGAUGAGAAUCAAGAACAGAUGCCUCUGUUCAUUUUGAGAUAUGCAUUUCAGGCGACGGUGUAUUGGCUUUGGCGAGAGAGAAACGGGAGAAGACAUGGCGAGGCUCCCACACCUCCAUCACGCAUGAAGCAAAUCGAUAAGCAAAUUCGUAAUCGAUUCUCCUCCAUCCGCACUCUUGGCGACAGAAGAUAUGAACAUGGUUUGCAAACCUGGUUUGCUAACUUAUGA